CGUACGGUUCUGAUCAGUCAAUUGACCGGGCCACACGGUAGUCCUCGUCGCGUCCGAUCACUCGCCCGCCCCGGAUUCAGACCCCGCGCAAAUUUGAAUCGCUUCGCACCUUUUCACGAAGCCGACAAGACCCCGCGCAGUGACCUCCACUCCAUCCCAUCCGAAGCAAAAGCAAACCAAAAACAUUCGCGAAAUUCGAGAUUUAGAGAGAGAGAGAGAGAGAGAGAGAGAGAGAGAGAUGAAGAGGAAGAGCGUGAAGCGAACCAGUAGCCACGGCAAAGGGAGGAAGAGCACCGAGACGAAGGGGACGACAAUGGCGGAGAGCUGGGACGUCCAGCUAGGGCAAGUGUCCCUCCUCUCUCUCCACCCCAACCAUCAAUCCUCUUCCUCUGCCAAUCCGAAGCCCUCUCUCUUCCCGAGCCUCCUCGGAUCCGACCCCUCUCUCUGCGCCUUCGCUCACGACGUCGAGUCCAACGCCGGCGCCGAUUGCAUCCUCAGUCAGGAUUUCUUCUGUACUCCUGAUUAUAUCACCCCAGACAAUCAAAAUCUAGCGAAUGGCUUGGAUUAUAACAAGGAUAACUUUUCUUGCCCUAAAUCACCAGAGAAAUUAAAUUCAACUAUGAGCAAAAGAUUUCGGCAAGAUCAAGUUACCCUGAAUCCUCAAAGUCCCAUUUUUUCUGGAAGUCAACAAAUAGAGGAUCUUGCCGAGGAUACUUUGGAAAUUGAAGAAGCUAAAAUUGAGAAAAAAGUAUCAAAUGGCAAGCUGCAGAUACACAGUUAUGUCCCCCAGUCUGCCAUUGCUUUACGCUGUAGGGUCAUGCCCCCUCCUUGCAUCAGAAACCCAUAUCUCAGUGAUGCAUCAGAGACUGACAUAGAUCCUUUUGGAAAUCAAAGGUCCAAAUGUGCUGGCUUAUUCUCUUCUAUUACCGGAGGAGAUGGUCUCUCACGGUACCACACCGAUUUCCAUGAAAUUGAGCAAAUUGGAGUUGGUAACUUCAGCCGAGUUUUGAAAGUUUUGAAGAGAAUAGAUGGUUGCCUGUAUGCUGUGAAGCAAAGCAUCAGGCCAUUGUAUCUAGAUUCGGAAAGGAGAAAAGCUUUGAUGGAAGUACAAUCUUUGGCAGCUUUAGGCUCUCAUGAGAACAUCGUCGGAUAUUACUCCUCUUGGUUUGAAAAUGAGCAUCUUUACAUUCAGAUGGAGCUCUGUGAUUACAGCUUAUCUAGUCAGAAGUCUACACGUUUAACCGAAUGUGACGCAUUGACAGCUUUAUAUCAGCUUGCGAAAGCAUUGCUUUUUCUGCAUGACAGAGGAAUUGCCCACCUUGAUGUUAAGCCGGAUAAUAUCUAUGUCAAGAAUGGUGUAUACAAGCUGGGUGAUUUUGGUUGUGCGACUCUCCUUAAUAACAGCCUACCUGUGGAGGAGGGUGAUGCACGGUACAUGCCUCAGGAGAUCCUGAAUGACAAUUUUGAUCAUCUGGACAAGGUUGAUAUAUUUUCCUUGGGAGCUUCUAUUUAUGAACUUAUAAGAGGGUCCCCUUUGCCGGAAUCUGGGCCUCAGUUUCUGAAUCUUAGAGAGGGAAAGCUGCCCCUUCUCCCUGGCCAUUCACUGCAUUUCCGGAAUUUGCUGAAGGUCAUGAUGGAUCCAGAUCCCACCACCCGGCCUUCUGCGAAAGAACUAGUGGCUAAUCAAAUUUUUGACAGGAUUCAGAGGAAUGGAAAGAGUUAAGCCAAGACAGUACAGUAAUCGGAUUUCAACCACGAGCAUAAAUAAUUAACCACAGGCGCUGAAUGUAUCAGUGACCAGUCGGGUGAAGUUGACUACGAAGGUACUAGGAAAAUCGAGUGCCGAUUUUGCUUUUUAUUCUUUGGCUAAUACGUGCACCAAUUUUUGUGCUGUAAUGGUGCUGGAUCGGUAAAUGGGAACAGCAAGCAAAGAUAUGCUGCGUAGCAGAAAAGCCAUGUUCGUUUCAAGAGUCCGAACAUCAUUUUGUUACCCGCCAUGAAGGAUCUGUCGGUGCUUGCUGUUCUUACGGUUGAUAUAAUUCAUUCCAGUUGU